CGAAACUGUCCUAUCAAGGGUUGCAGUUUUCGUGGUCUAAAUGAGAGUCUUACUUGUCGAUCUUUAGGGUCAGAGAUACUGAGCCCCAAAUGUGAGGAAGAGUCGCUCAUCCGGGUGUUUGAGAAGGACCCAGUGCGACGUUGACCACUGUCUCUCGCUCAUCGUUGACCGAGGCCCCCGCGACCCUCUUCUGGCUGACGUCGAGCAACCUGGUCUGAACAUGGAGAAGUUUGGUAUGAAUUUCGGGGGCGGACCUAGCAAGAAGGACCUGCUAGAGACCAUUGAGUUGCAGAAGAAGCAGCUCCUCCAGUACCAGGCACGUCUUAAGGAUGUGGUCCGCGCCUAUAAAAGCCUCUUGAAAGAGAAGGAGGCUCUAGAGGCCAGCAUUAAGGUGCUGUCGGUAUCCCACGAGGCGGAUGUGGGCCUCACAGGUGUCCAGCUUCCAGGCCUCUGUUUUCCUGACUCUGUGGAUGACCGAUGCUCCACUCACAGCGAGGAUAGCACUGGGACCGCCACAAGCUUGGAUACUGCAGCCAGUCUCACCAGCACCAAGGGUGAGUUUGGGGUAGAGGAUGAGAGGCUGGCUCGUGGACCACCACCUCCAAAGUCCGAAGAAGCCAGUGGGUCGGAGAGUGGCGUUAGCAGUAGCAGUGGGGAUGGACCCUCUGGGGGUGGGGAAGUGGACAAACGACUGCACCAGCUGAAGACUCAGUUGGCUACUUUGACCAGCUCUUUGGCUACAGUCACCCAGGAGAAGUCUCGCAUGGAAGCUUCUUACCUGGCUGACAAGAAGAAGAUGAAACAGGACUUAGAGGAUACCAGUAAAAAGGCAGAGGAGGAGAGGGGCCGUCUGGAGGGAGAAUUGAAGGGGCUGCAGGAGCAGAUAGCCGAAACCAAAGCCCGACUUAUCACCCAGCAGCAUGAUCGGGCCCAAGAGCAGACUGACCAUGCCUUGAUGCUUCGUGAGCUCCAGAAACUGCUGCAGGAGGAGAGGACCCAGCGCCAGGACUUGGAGCUUCGGCUGGAAGAGACCCGAGAAGCCCUGGCAGGACGGGCAUAUGCAGCCGGUCAGAUGGAAGGGUUUGAGCUGCAGACCAAGCAACUAACCCGUGAGGUGGAGGACUUGAAAGGUGAGCUGCAGGCUCUUCGGGAUGAGAAGAAUCGGCCCGACCCUCGGCUGCAGGAGCUUCAGGAAGAGGCUGCCUGCCUGAAGAGCCAUUUCCAGGCUCAGUUGCAGCAGGAAAUGAGGAAGACAGCCCUGGCAGAAGAUCAGCUACGCCAGCAGUCUCAGGUGGAAGAGCAGAGGGUGGCGGCCCUGGAGAAUCAAAUAUCUCAGGUGUCUGAACUGCUGGGCACCUAUGAGAAAGCCAAGCAGAAGGACCAGCUGGCCAUCCAGAAGCUGAAGGAGCGCAUCGUGCAGCUGGACCUGGAGAAUAAGACGCUGGCUCUGGCCGCUUCUAGCCGCUCCCCCCUAGACAGCCAUGGCGAGGAGUCCAGUCUGGAUGUCAAUGUCCUGAAGGAUAAGAUGGAGAAGCUGAAGAGGCUGCUACAGGUGGCAGCCCGGAAAAGCCAGGUGACCCUGGAUGUGGAGAGGCUCUGUGACCUGGAGAUACUGGCCAGCUCGGAGGCUGCCGACGGGGAGAAGGCUUCUGCGCUCUACUACCAGCAGGAGCUGAAACAGCUGAAGGAGGAGUUUGAGAGGUACAAGAUGAGGGCCCAGGUGGUCCUCAAGAGCAAGAGCACCAAGGACUGUAAUCUGGCCAAGGAGCUGGAGGAGGCCCAGGAGCAGCUGGCAGAACUGAAGGAGAAGUAUAUCUCCCUGCGGCUGUGCUGCGAGGAGCUCGAGCGCCGGCACCAGCAGGAGGCCGAGGGCUGGAAGCAGGAGCUGGCCCGGCUGCAGCACGCGCACCGGCAGGAGCUGGAGCAGAGCCAGCUGGACUCCAGGGACCGCACGCUGAGACUGGAAGAGGAGCUGCACAAGCAGCGGGACCGGGCCCUGGCCGUGCUGGCCGAGAAGGACUUGGAGCUGGAGCAGCUGCGUUCCGUGGCCUUGUCGUCCGGCCUGCCGGGACGCAGGAGCCCCGUGGGUGGCGGGGGGCCUGGGGACCCGGCUGACUCAUCUGCCCCAGACAGCCUGACCCAAGCGCUGCAACUGGCUGCAUCCAACGAGCCCACUUUCUUCCUGUACGCCGAGCAGCUGGCCCGCAAGGAGGUGGAGAUCACAUCGCUGCGGAAGCAGAGACACACGCUGGAGGUGGAGGUGCAUCAGCUGCAGGACCGGCUGCUGGAGGAGGGCGAGCGGCACCGUGAGCAGGUUGGAGCCCUGCAGAGCCACAUUGAGAAGAACAUCAGGGACCAGAGUAGGGAGGGAGCCAACCUGGAGUACCUCAAAAACAUCAUCUACCGCUUCCUGACCUUGCCCGACACCCUGGGCCGCCAGCAGACGCUCACGGCCAUCCUGACCAUCUUGCAUUUCAGUCCUGAGGAGAAACAAGUGAUUAUGCGGCUCCCGACCAGCGGUAGCUGGUGGCCUUCUGGCAAGAGAUGAUGCCCUUGUCACUGACUCCCGAAAUCUCUGUGCCUCUUGUGUGGGAAGGACAGACUCUGGUUUCUGCUGCCCUUCUCUUACAUUAUCAUUUCUUUUCUUCACUGUGUUGAACUGGAAGAGUCUUUAAUGCGGGAUGGGAUUUUCUGCCAAAUGCCAUUAAUGUCACUUUGUCCUUGGGCCCUAGAGAUCCUGGAAAUGCCCUAGCAAUAUGUUCGGGCGGUGUGUUUGUGAGGGGAAGAGCGGGGAGAGAUGAAGACUGGGAGGUGCCAAAGUUGGGGAAGUGGUGAGAAUCUUCCAAAAUAAGACUUUCUGUUUUAGUAUUAUGCUCCUAGCACAGAACCAGGAGUAAAUGUGACUCCAAAAGGAGUUCAGUUAUUUCUAAACACUCACAAGGACCGGCUCUUUACUCCCUAUCUCAUCACGGUCUGAGUCUGGUCCACUGCUACCCCAAUUUUCUGGGGACAUAAAUCCGGGUUGGAGAAGGACCAAGAAGUUUGAAAUGGUGACAGAUUGUCCCCUAUUGUCCACAGAUUCUUCUGUCCCGGAACUGGGAAGCUUGGUCUAGUUGGGGCUAGGUACGGCCUGGUCAGUCUGGACGAAACACACCCAUAACUAUGACCAUCCUGUAGAGGGCCCCGAGCACAUGUCAGUCCUAGGCAUUUCCUGAGUAACCUGCUUUUGGCCUGAAUAGGGUUAUCGCGGGCUUCUUGCAUUUGACCCUGCCUUAACCUGUCUGCCUCAGGUUGGCCUGAGAUUUCGUGUGAAUGAUUUUGCUAGCUUUUCCUCAAUGUUGAACUUCCAUUGAGAGAAAAAUCCUGGCUUUUACAGAGAAGGGCCCAAUUGGGAAACUCUGAUCCUGUCUAGAUAACAAAGAAUUAGCUCAGAGAUUUACAACCUCCUCCCCUCCCCGGCAGCUGUUUCUGCCUUUGUAGGGACGGAGAAGAGGAGGAAGAUUUGCUGAUUCCAGAAGAUUCUGUGACCCCCACAGGAAAGUGGUGGAAGUUUGGCGGAGGGCCUGGAGAGCCAGUUGACCCUUGGAUAGCAUUCCAGCUAAAUCUCCACCUCCCUGUACACCCAGCCAGGGUGUACUUGGGUUACUGUUACCAGGGUCUUUUGCCCACUCCUUUAGGGGGUCAUAGAGUUUCAGUACACAAUGCUCGUCUUCCCCACAUGCGUUACUACAAUUUUUCCUCCUUCCUGGGUUUUUUAUGUUUGGUCUUGCACAAGUAGAUUUAAUCUGCAUGUAAGGAAAGGGGGCUUCAAGGCAAUCUGGAAAGGAGGGCCUCGGAAAAGUUGGGUUGAGAGAGGCCAUAUCAGUCCCCUAUUCUACCCUUUCCCCCUGUGCUCUUGCUGGCCAUAGAGAUCUUUGGACGCUAAAGACCAGUGCCUUGUCACUGACUGAACUAAUAUAUAUCUCCCUGUUAUUUCAUCCUAGAGAGCUGUUGUGAGGGUUUGGGGUGCAGAAGGCUUUGAUUAGAUGUUCUAAUUGGGAGCCUGGGUGCCCUGGACUAUCUACAGACAGCAGACUCAAUGAAACAGAUGCGAUGUGUUCAAAUGACAACGUAGUCAUUUGAACGGAGUCAUUAAAUCUGAACAACCUGACCUGUGUGCUUUCUUAACGGAAUGUCUGUGUGCACGCGCACACACACGUAUAUACACGUACACAGUGUGAGUGCAAAUGGUGGAUAAAAAGGAUGGCGAUAAUCAUGAGUUUGAGGGGCGCCUGGGUGGCUCAGUCUGUUAAGCAUCUGCCUUGGGCUUAGGUCAUAAUCUCAGGGUCCUGGGAUUGAGCCCUUCAUCAGGCUCUGCACUCAGCAGGGAGUCUCCUUGUCCCUCUGCCCCUCCCCCUCCCCAUGUGUGCUCUCUCUCUCUCAAAUAAGUAAAAUCUUUAAAAAAAAAAAUCCAUGAGCUUGAAUUUAGAGAGGAACAUCUCAAUGCUCUAACUACCUCAAUUACAAGCAAAAUUUUCAGCCUGGAAUUAUGUGUGUGUGUAAGCAGCUACACUAGAAAAAGCUUUCUCCUGGGUUUGGUGGGCGGACUUGAAACUUCAGAAGUAAUCAAUUUUUUGAAUGCUUUAUUAUGCUUCAAAUCAGGGUUCACAGUAUCCUGGAAAAGUUAGGAUUUCAAACUAAACUAAAAUCAUCUCUUAAUUGUCUUACCCAAUCCCCGUAAAUGUAGCAUAUAUAUACAUAUAUAUAUAUUUAAGAUUUUAUUUAUUUAUUUGACAGAGACACAGCGAGAGAGGGAAUAC